CAAUUUCCCGGAGGCGCUUCGUGAUUGGUUGCAAGGAGUGCCAAACUCCGGAGAGGGAGGCGCGGCCUAAUUGGCUGCUGAGAUGUUGUGAUUUUCAGUGGGACCGUCUCCAGUCCUGUCACGGCGGUGUGUGGGGCGCCUGUCCGCGGUUCCGCUGCGCUCUGGGAAUACUAACGGUUCUGUUCAGAGAAGCAGCUGACCGGAGAAGUCGGUAAAUUCAAAGACUGCGGCGUAUGUUUUUCUUUUCAUUUCUUCACCGUGGAAGUGCUGAGGAAACAAAGCAAGAGAAAAAAGGUUUGCAGAACGGCGCAGCUUAAGUGCUCUGACUGCAUACUUUUCUUCUUGGACUCCCACAGUCAGAAGAUGUAAACACCUAAGGCCUGGGGGAAGUUAAUGAGAAGAUUCGAUCAGCUGGCACCUCACAUCUUCAUCCACUACACCGUCUUAUCUCUGCUAUUGUCUUCCUCCUGCUUCAGAGUUGAGUCAAGCGAAGAGUACAGCGGUGGGUCGGGUGAGUCCGCUGCGGGCCAUGUUUCUCUGGUGAGGUCGAAUCCUCUGCCAAAAUGAGGCAGAAGCCGGGAUCGCCCCCAAUAAUCCUGCCAGCCUUCGUGGCCCUCGCCUUGGUGACCGUUUUACCUCAGCUGUCCUCAGGAGUCAUGCCUUUCCCCCAAGACCUGGAACCCAUCAGCACUGUGGGCAGAGAAGCCUCGUACCUGUAUCCCAGCUUCCGGGGACUCAUGUCGGACAACAACACUGCUCGCCUGGGCCUGGACUUCCAGAGGAUGCUGAGGAUCAACCACAUGCUGUACAUAGCUGCCCGGGAUCACGUGUUCGCAAUCAAUCUGGCUUCUUCAUCGGAGCAGAUAAUCCCACAGCAGAAACUCACUUGGAAGACAAAGGAUGUGGAGAAGUGCACAGUGAGGGGCAAAAACAGCGAUGAAUGUUACAACUACAUCAAAGUGUUGGUGCCGCGCAACGACGAGACGCUGUUCGCCUGCGGCACAAACGCCUUCAACCCCACCUGCCGCAACUAUAAGAUGUUGACGCUCGAGCAGGAGGGCGAGGAGGUGGUGGGACAAGCCCGAUGCCCCUUCGAGUCCCGUCAGUCCAACGUUGGUCUCUUUGCAGGUGGUGAUUUUUAUUCGGCCACCAUGACUGACUUCUUGGCCAGUGAUGCGGUCAUCUAUAGGAGUCUGGGAGAAAGCAGUCCCGUUCUACGCACGGUCAAGUACGACUCCAAAUGGCUGCGAGAGCCUCAUUUCCUGCAUGCCAUCGAGUACGGGAACUACGUGUACUUUUUCUUCAGCGAGAUUGCCGUGGAGUACACGACUCUUGGAAAGGUGGUUUUCUCCAGGGUCGCGCGGGUCUGCAAGAACGACAACGGGGGUUCCCCGCGGGUGCUGGAGCGAUACUGGACGUCGUUCCUCAAAGCGCGGCUCAACUGCUCGGUCCCCGGAGACUCCUUCUUCUACUUCGACGUUCUGCAGUCGCUGACCAACGUGCUGCAGAUCAACCACCGGCCCGCUGUGCUGGGAGUCUUCACCACACAGGCCAACAGCAUCACCGGCUCUGCAGUCUGUGCUUUCUACAUGGACGACAUAGAGAAGGCCUUCAACGGCAAAUUCAAAGAGCAGAGGAACAGCGAGUCGGCAUGGACGCCAGUUCCGGAGGAGCAGGUCCCAAAACCGAGGCCCGGCAGCUGUGCAGGCGAAGGCUCCGCCGCCGCCUACAAAACGUCCACCGCUUUUCCCGACGAGACUCUGACUUUCAUCAAGUCGUAUCCCCUGAUGGACGAGUCCGUGCCGUCGGUCAACGACAAGCCCUUCUUCACCCGCACCACCAGCAGGUUCAAGCUGACCCAGAUAGCGGUAGAUACUUCAGCCGGGCCCUACAAGAACCACACGGUGGUGUUCCUGGGUUCAGAUAACGGCCAUGUGCUGAAGAUCCUGGCCAGCACUGAGGGAGCCAACGCUUCGUUCAGCACCCAGCUGCUGGAGGACGUGGACGUCUACAACCCCAACAAAUGCAACGUUCACGGAGAGGACAGGAGGGUUCUGGGGCUCGAGCUGGACCGCGAUCACCACGCGCUGUUCGUGGCGUUCUCCAGCUGCGUCAUCCGCGUUCCUCUCAGUCGCUGCUCCGAGUACGGAAACUGCAAAAAGAGCUGUUUGUCUUCUCGGGAUCCUUACUGCGUUUGGCUGAAGUCCGGCAGCUGUGUCACCGUUUCACCUGGUUUCAGGGGAGCUUUUGAGCAAGAUGUGGAGAACGGCUACAGUCUGCAUCCAGAUGUCUGCCACGAUCUCCUGGCAACCACUAGAAGGGAAAACACAGCGCUGGAUUCAGCAUAUGGAAAGACCACACCCACAACCGCCACCACAACCCAUCAUGCGGCCGCGUUCCCAAAGGAGGCAGGUGACUCUGAAAGAGGUACAGGUCCUGAUCGCCCUCCCCCCGUGGGGGAACAAGGGUCACCUGACUCAGAGCCAAUCAGUGUGGAGAUGGAGGGUGUGAGACGACCUCCGGAGCUGGAGCGGGCCAACCACAGCGUCCAUUACACCCUCCUGAUCGCUUGUGUUUUGGUGGCCUUUGUCCUCGGAGCUGUCCUCUCUGGCUUUUUGGUCUCGUGCUAUUGCAACUACACGGGCCACAAGACCAAGAAGUUGCCAAAAGACCCUGAAACUCCCAUCCCUCAUGCUCUGUCCCUCCGCAGUUUGGCCAAGCUCAAUGGGCUUUUAGACAGCCAGAGUAAGGAAGACAAGCUGGAAGUGUCGUCUCCAAAGAUCUACAACUCUUUCUUCACCAGCAGCAAGGAGCACCACCCACAGAGGAGGAAUGGCCAUCAUGGAAUGACGAUGGGGGACCUGGUCCAUCCCCACCAUCACCACGUGCACCACUCUUCAGAGCUCUCUGGUUUGCCUACGCCAGACUCAACUCCAGAGCUGCCCAUUAAGAGCAUGAAAGCCUUCAAGAACCAGUGGGAGAAGAACCAGAACUGCAACAAUGCCAAGGAGCCAAAGCCACAUAACAUCAGCUCUAGACCCAGUUCAAGCCUCCUCCACCAGCAGGUCUUCCCCUACUCACACGGUCUGUCCAAUGGACAGCCAGUAGCCGGUCUCCUCCAUCCAGAGGAGCGCAAAAUCCACAAUUCUGAGCGCGUCUUAUCUCAACCCUACCCUGGUUACCCCCAGAAUGUGAUGGAGGUGACUUCUCUGGAUGAGCUCCUGAAACACAUCCACGAAGCCAGCGGUAGCAAGCACGCCCAGUUGAUGAGUCCGUCAGGGCUGAUGGCCAGCGGCGGUGGAGGACAGCUGGCUUUUGCCAACAGAGUUCAACCUCAGAUUCCAGAGACGGAAUCUGCGCCAUACUACAGCUCCUCCACGUUACCCCGGGACAGUCUGACCCGCCGCAUGGACGUUCCUCCCGACAUCCCCCCGCACCAUCAGUCCACCCUGGAGAGGAGGCACUCUUCCCAGCGGCACUCGCUGAUUGCCGCAGCCACUAAAAUGCCCAAUGUAGGCGCAGUGGGAGGGGCGGGAGGAAUGAUUCCCCGCCAGCACAGUUUCAGCCAACGAAACGGUGGCCCCCAUCAGCCUCCGAUUUUGGCUAGAAUGAACUCAACAGGCAGCACUUGCGAGGUUCACUAUCCUCUCAUCCCCAGUGGGUACCUACAACGUCAGCACAGCUACAACGGGGAGCAGGAAGUCCAGCACAGGGGGGCCAUCAUCCGCCGGGCGUCCUCUCUCAAGCCCGAUGUCCCUCCUAAGCCACUGUUCAUACCGGCCACUUCUCCAGUCAAUGAACAAGGAAAGUACAACUACUGAGGGGCUCAAGGACUCGAGGGGGUUUCCCUCAUAGUGUCAUCUUUAAGAAACUCUUGAGGUUCACUACUAGACUUUCACCAGAAAACACAGCCAACUUGUGUGGCAUCCAGUCUCACUGUGGACACAAGCCUCAACCAAACUUUUUCUUUUUCUGAUGUUUUUGUCCGACAAAUAUCUUUGUACCAUAUUGGUAUUGUUCAGCGACUCGCUUAAUAACAAACUGCUGACUUGGAUGGCGUGACGCCACCUCCUUAUAUAAGGCUGCCAAUGUCCUCAAUGUGGAUUUACAAUGCAAGCUGAUGUUGGACGAAAUCGGACUCACCGGUCAUCUCAAAGACUCGGAAGCCGAAGCCUCCUGCACCUCUUCACUUCAUGCUUUUUGCUUAACCUUUUCCGAUGUAGUGUUUGUAUCAAGUCACCGCCAACCCCUCCCUUGAAUGUGUUUAUAUUAUGCAUGUGUGUGUAUAUACAUGUGUGUUUUUAUCCACACCGUAUAUGUAUACAUAUACAUAUGCAGUAUGUGUAGCCUGUGGUGAAAGUCAGCGAUUCCCCUGAAAGUAGUUCUGUCUUUGCCUUACUAUACUCUCUCAUCUUUGGGCAUGUCAAACUAUCCCAAAGAGACAUCACACCAACGCCAUCCCAGCAGUUUCUCUCUUGACUUACAGCAUUUAGUUCUGGCUGAGUCAACGAAAGGCGAUACUUCAAGAACGCAGCUAAACUUGCCUUUUCUCAACUCCGUUCUCUCCUCUCCUUUCAACCCAAACCAGGUUGUAAAUGACUAACUCGGGUCCGUCGAAGUUCCUCCAGAGUAGUUCUGUUCGAAUCACGAGUUCAGAGAUGUUUUGGACCUGAUGAGGAAACCAUAGACCUGAAUAUGAACAGAACAGACUGCAGUUGUUACAAAUAACUUUGUGAUUAUUGGUUGUAAAUAAAAGAAUAAGUACUAGCCAAAUUUUAACUGUAUGUGUAAAUGUGUGCCUUAUUUAAUAAUAGUGUGUGACAUGGGGGCAGGGGGCUGUGCAAGGGGCUCAGAUGGCUACUAUGCUACAGUAUAUUGUAGGUGUUCAACUUUCUAGUCGUUAGUAUGUGUCAUCCAGUAUUGCAUAUUGGAAGAGUUUUAUUCCAGAAACAGUUUUUAUUUUUAUAUUAUUUAGAUAUUUGCCACCAAUAAUAAAAAUAUAUCAUGUUACGUCUUGUUGAAUGUACAGGUACAUUUGU